UUUUCCCGAAAACAGAAGAGAGAGAGUACCAUUUGUCAGAUUUGUAGGGACGUGGACAAAUGUCGGAGAUGAAGUCAAUUGCGGUGGUGGGCGGCGGCCAAAUGGGCUCUGGUAUAGCCCAACUCGCCGCCAUGCACGGAUGCGAUGCUUGGCUCCUAGACACCGACCCUAGUGCUCUAACCAGAGCCAACAAGUCCAUCUCCCACUCCAUCCAGCGCCUCGUUUCCAAAGGACAACUCACUCAGGCUGUUGGUAAAGAUGCUUUGGGCCGUCUGCGGUAUACCUCAAACUUGCAAGAACUUUCUUCAGCAGAUGUUAUUAUUGAAGCUAUUGUGGAGUCUGAAGAUGUGAAGAAAAAGCUAUUUAUUGAACUAGAUAAGAUCACAAAAAGUUCUGCCAUACUGGCAUCUAAUACAAGUUCCAUCUCCAUUACUCGUCUGGCAGCAGCAACUAGCAGGCCGAAGCAGGUGAUUGGCAUGCAUUUUAUGAACCCUCCUCCUAUAAUGAAACUUGUUGAGAUCGUGCGAGGGGCAGACACAUCAGAUGAGACUUUUAAUGCUACAAAAGCAUUGGCAGAAAGGUUUGGCAAGACAGUGAUAUGCUCUCGGGAUUAUGCUGGCUUUGUUGUAAACAGGAUCCUAAUGCCGAUGAUAAAUGAAGCAUUUUUUACACUCUAUACUGGUGUGGCAACAAAGGAAGACAUUGAUGUGGGAAUGAAGUUGGGAACAAAUCAUCCAAUGGGUCCUUUAGAGCUUGCAGAUUUCAUUGGAUUGGAUGUCUGCUUAUCAAUCAUGAAAGUUCUCCAUGCUGGCCUUGGCGACAGUAAAUAUGCUCCCUGCCCACUUCUUGUACGGUAUGUUGAUGCAGGUCGACUCGGAAGAAAACGAGGUAUUGGGGUAUACGAUUAUCGUCAAAUGCCUGAUGCAGUAAAACCUUCUUCCAAGCUUUGAAUUCUGGGCUUACUUGGAAUAGCAAACUGCUUUUGUCUAUAUAGUACCUCGCAGUUCACUUGGAAUAAUCGUGCAACAAAUGUUGGUGGCCAAGCAGCUUACUGUUGUGUUGUUUACAGUCAGGGACGGAGCUACUCAAGGGCCUGAGGGGGCCAUGGCACCCCUUAACUUUUUGACUGCAUAUGUAAUUGUUGCUUGCAAUCUAGUUGACUUGAGUUUCUACACACACAAUUAUUAAUAUUGGCACCCCCUAGUUCUCCACGUGAUUAGCUUCAUAUGAAAAUAUAAUAUAUCUCACCUAUCUUUUGAUUGGUUA